AUGUUGAAGCAGUUCAAAGGAGAGGAUCAUCCAAAUUAACUCUCAAAAACAAAACUCAACACAUCAAAAACUUCCUAUCCUCCUGCAAGCUUCCAGAAUCACUGCACCGGUUGUGUUGGACUUCAUAGAAAGCAUUCAGAUUUGAGGGUAGCUUUGGUUGGACACGCCACCAACAAGCAUCGUUCACGGAGACCAAAAAGAAAGGAAAAACGCUUCGAACGGAUCAAUAUAGAGGGUCAAAGGAAGGAACAGGAGAUGAAUUCUUGAGGCUUAGCGGUGGUCCGUUAGUAGCAGGUGGAGUUGGUGCUGCCGCUGCGCGAAGAUACAUUGAUUCUUCCGGGAGGUUUCGAGGUACCGCGGCAGGAGAUGGCGAUCUGAGAGCGGCAGUGAACUUAGCAGAGUUCUUGGAGAGAGAUAGAGAGUGACGGCUGCACACUCCACUCUCAUCUGUAUAAUAAAACCCACGUGUCACAGUUUCGAAUGGUUUAACCUAUUUUUUAGUGUGUAAGUGCAAGUAAGGGUGAUUGUUCCCGCCACUUCUGUAGUCUCUGGCGGAUCUCCCGCUUCUCUAACAAACUCACUCACGCUCUGUUUGCCCUUUCAAAUCACUCACUCGGUUCAUUCAUUCAUGCUCCCAUUGCAUUUUCGAUCCUCUUUUGGUUCUUCUUUUCGUCUAUGUUUCUGUUUCUCUCGAACUGUUAGGGUUUCGUCUCUCGUCUCUUUCCCUCUGUCUCUCUUCUCUGUCUCUCUCCGCGUCAUGUCUAAGCCACCCUCCGCCUUCGACGCUCUCAUGUCCGCCGCUAAGAAGAAUUCCAAAUCCAAAACAUCCAAGCUUUCAUCACCUCCCAAGAAAAGAAAAUCUCCACUCUCCACUUCUUCACAAAAUCCUAGCAACCCCAAAUCCCCCAAAUUGCCUUCUCCGCCCAUAACUGUUGUUGAACCGGAGCAAGCAGUUAAACAAGAAGAACUUGUUAAACCAGUUAAACAAGAAGAACUUGUUAAACCAGAAGCUGUUAAGCCGGAGCCGCGGAAGGUACGCCAACUGUUAACGUCUUCUUCUUCGAAGGGGAAGACCGAGGAGCUGAAGAAGCAAGUUCCGCAGCUGAAGCAGAAGCCUUCCAGUUUCGAUCCCGCUUCGAUUAUUGCAUGGGAGAAGGGACAGCCCGUGCCGUUUCUCUUUCUCGCCUUGGCAUUCGAUAUGAUUUCUCAGGAAAGUGGAAGAAUAGUCAUCACUGACAUUGUUUGCAAUAUGCUGCGGACUGUGAUGCUGACCACGCCAGAGGAUCUUGUUCCCGUCGUUUACCUCUCCGCAAAUCGGAUUGCGCCUGCUCAUGAAGGAUUGGAAUUGGGAAUCGGCGAGUCGAUCAUUUCCAAGGCGCUCGCUGAGGCUUAUGGAAGGAACGAGAAUUGGAUUAAGACUCAGUAUCAGAAAAAAGGUGAUUUAGGCUUGGUUGCUAAAGAGAGUCGUUCGUCUCAACCUAUGAUGUGGAAGCCUGAAGCAUUAACCAUCAGGAAGGUUUUCAACACUUUUCGCCUUAUUGCUAAGGAAUCUGGAAAAGACAGUCAAGAGAAAAAAAAGAAUCAUAUCAAGGCACUUCUCGUUGCUGCAACUGACUGUGAACCUCAAUAUCUAAUUCGUUUGCUUCAGACGAAGUUGCGAAUUGGUUAUGCAGAACAAACUCUGUUGGCUGCACUAGGCCAAGCUGCAGUAUACACUGAAGAACACUCUAAACCGCCUCCUGAAAUUCAGUCUCCUUUAGACAAGGCUUCGGAUAUUGUUAAACAAGUCUAUUCUGUUCUUCCUGACUAUGACAAAAUAAUAUCUGCACUGCUUACGGAGGGUCUAUGGAAGCUUCCAAAAACUUGUAAAUUUACUCCAGGUGUUCCAAUUAGACCUAUGCUAUCAAAGGCAGCAAAAAGUGUAACUGAAGUUCUGAACAAAUUCCAGGAUGUGGAAUUUACCUGUGAAUACAAAUACGAUGGAGAGCGUGCCCAGAUACAUUACCUGGAGAAUGGUUCAGUUGAGAUUUACAGUAGACAAGCAGAACGGAACACUGAGAAGUUUCCUGAUGUUGCUGCUGCAGUUUCAAGGUUGAAGAAAACAAGUGUAUCUUCAUUUAUUCUUGAUUGUGAAAUUGUCGCAUAUGAUCGUGCAACACAAAAACUUCUUUCUUUCCAGACCCUCAGUACUCGAGCUCGCAAGAAAGUAGAAAUUGAAGAUAUAAAGGUUAAUGUCUGUGUAUUUGCUUUUGAUUUGUUGUAUCUAAAUGGCCAAGAACUUCUUCAGGAAAACCUUAGAGUCCGCAGAGAGCACCUUUAUGCCUCUUUUGAGGAAGAAUCUGGUUUUCUUCAGUUUGCAACAGCAUUAACUUCAAAUGAUGUUGAGGAGAUACAGAAUUUUCUUGACCAAGCUGUUGGUGCUAGUUGUGAGGGAUUGAUUAUUAAGACAUUAAAUGAGGACGCUACAUAUGAACCUGCCAAGCGAUCACUCAACUGGCUAAAACUGAAGAAAGAUUAUAUGGACAAUUUAGGGGACUCUGUAGACUUGGUACCUAUUGCUGCUUUCCAUGGGCGUGGUAAACGUACAGGAGUUUAUGGUGCCUUCCUCCUUGCUUGCUAUGACAACAAUAAUGAAGAAUUUCAAACUAUUUGCAAGAUUGGAACGGGGUUCUCUGAAUCUGUACUUGUAGAACGUUCUUCCAGUCUUCGUUCUCAAGUGAUUUCCAAGCCGAAGUCGUACUAUAGAUUUGGGGAAACAAUCAAUCCUGAUGUCUGGUUUGAAGCCAGUGAGGUGAUAGUUAUCCUGACUUUUCUUGUCGAUUUCACUAUUAUUUUAUUUCCCAAUUGUGCUGUAGCCUACCAUCAUUAUAGAGUCAUCUUAUCUCUUAAUGGUAUUACUGUGUCCUUGUUUUAAAUUUUCUAGUACUUCAAUGGAAGACAUGGAAGAACAUUCAUACUGUUGGGAAUACUAUCAUGGUCUGAUGCCACUCGAAUGUGGCUGAAUGAUCUCCCAAUGUGAUCGAGUAGGGAUUAUAUGCAAUCUUGUUCUUGACAUUACUUUCUAGAAUAGUGAGGGCAGUUGGAAAAGCAUUACUAAUAAUAGUGGGAAGGAUAAUGGGCAUAUGGCAUUUCAAGUUUUAAAUAAACGGUGAAAGCUCGUAUGUUGUAUUUGGUAGAGAAGAACGAAACACGUUUGAUGAAAAUAAAAUAGGAAAGUAGAAAUAUAUAAGAAAUAAAAUAGAAAGUUGAAGAUGAUUGGUUGAAGAGAAAUAGAAAGACGAGUGAAAAUAAGUGAAAAAUGGUAGUAUGUUCCAUUUUUUUCAAUUUGGUUUCACUCACCAACAAUCGACACUAAUUUCAUCUUUUGGUUCCCUAAAAUAAUCAUGCCAUUGGAGUUGAAACGAUUUUUCCAGUGCCUUAUUUUUAAUUGUAUAUUUUUAUCCAAUAAAAUCGUAUUAUGCUCUUUGUAGCAAUCUUUUUAUGUAUUAGCUGUAUCUUACCUUAUUUC